AUGGGCGUCCAAGACAUCACAAAUCCCUUGUUCAGGGACAAGUCCUCGGCGAGCGUCAUCACGGCAGCCCUGUUGAGCUCUUCCGUGGUUGUGCUCGUUGUUGCCUUCUUCCGUUUCCUACGUUCCCGUUCAUCGUCGCAGAGGUUCAUCGCGGAAAACAAUUGUAAACCAGCACCAGCAUGGCCUCAGAAGGACCCCUUCUUCGCUCUGGACUUCAUACUCGAGGGCUUCCGGCACUUCCGCCAGAAGACAUACCUUGAUCUCUGGAGAAAGUACUACGCCGAUUUGGGCCCGACCUUCACCCUCCGGAUGCGGGGCGUGCAAUACGUCAACACGAUCGACCCGGAAAACAUCAAAACGAUACUAGCAUCGCGCUUCCAUGACUACAGCCUGUCGGAACGGGUUGAGAUCAUGGGGCCGCUGCUGGGACGCGGCAUCUUUGUGACGGACGGCGACGAGUGGGCGCACAGCCGCGCCCUCUUGCGCCCCAACUUUGCCAAGGACCACGUCGCCGACCUGGGCAUGAUUGACCGGCACUUUGGCGACCUGAUGGCGCUGCUGCGCCCGCACGCGGCGGCCGGGUCCGCCGUUGACCUGCAGCCGCUCUUCAUGCGGCUGACGCUGGACACGGCCACCGAGUUCCUCUUCAACAAGUCGACGCGCACGCUCUCGCUCGAGCACGCGCGGCCCGCCGAACACGCAUUCGGGGACGCCUUCCAGCUCUCGCUCGACGAGAUGGGCCUCGUACUCCGAUUGGGGCCUUUCCGCUGGCUCCGCCGCCAGAGCCGCGAGAUCACGGAUGCGCAUAAGUUGUGUCGUGCCUAUGUGGACCGUUUCGUCGACGAGGCAUGGGCGCUGAAGCAAGGGGGGAAGAAGACGGACAACAGGACCUACUUCCUCAAGGAGCUCGUCGAGAGCACCAACAACAAGGACAAGGUCCGCGACGAGCUCCUCAACAUCCUGAUCGCUGGUCGGGAUACGGUGGCAAGCCUUCUCGGGAGUCUCUUGCGCGUUCUGUCUCAACGUCCCGAGAUAUGGGCCAAAGUGCGAGCCGAGGUCGCCCAGUUUGAAGGGAAACUGCCGCGCUACGAUCAGCUGCGCAACCUCAAGUAUGCAAAGUAUUGCAUCAACGAAGCCCUUCGUCUUUGGCCAGCCGUCCCACUAAACAGCCGCCUUGCCGUCCGCGAAACUGUGCUCCCACGCGGCGGCGGGCCCAACGGAGACGACCCCGUCUACGUGCCCAAGGGUGGUCUCGUCAACUACUCCGUGUAUGCCAUGCACCGGCGAACCGACUUCUUUGGCGCCGACGCCGGCGAGUUCCGGCCCGAGCGAUGGGAAGGCCAGAUUUACAGCUGGCAAUACCUCCCCUUCAAUGGCGGGCCACGCAUCUGCCUCGGCCAGCAGUACGCGCUGACCGAGAUGCUCGUUGUGCUUGUCCGCUUUGCCCAAGAGUUCAGCCACAUCGAGAGCAGGGACCCCACGCCGUGGCAGGAGGAAUUGCACUUGACGGUACGGCCGGCUAACGGCGUGCUGGUUGCACUCACGCUUGCAAAGCCUGCUUAG